CUGCAGUAAAAACCUUGCGCCCUCGACCAGUGCGCGCGCUGACUCCCUACAGUUUCCCUGUGACAGUGUGAAGAGGAUCGCGCGCUCCUCACGCUUGAUGACGCUCCGCUGUAAACAUCACUGACGCGUGAAUCCCGUGCGUGAGGGAAUCUAUUAAACUUGGAAAUUGACGAGCGGCGUUAAAUGUCUCAGUCCAACCAUCGCGUGCAAACCCAAUCAAAGCGUGAAGUAUCCGUCCACGCUGAGAUGGCAAGGAAAUCUGAAGUCCCGUCUGCGUAUUAUGGUGAACCUCGCAAGUUUGACCCAACAUUUAGAGGUCCUGUUUACAACAGAGGCUGCACGGAUGUGCUGUGCUGUGUGCUCUUCAUCAUUGUCAUUCUUGGCUACAUUGCACUGGGCACUGUGGCUUGGAUUCAUGGGGACCCCAAAAAAGUCAUUUACCCAACAGAUAGCACGGGUCAGUUCUGUGGACAGAAGGGUACGCCCAAUGCAAAAAAAAACAUCUUAUUCUACUUCAACAUACUAAAAUGUGCCAGCCCAUCUGUCCUGAUAAACCUCCAGUGCCCUACUACUCAGAUGUGUGUUUCCAAGUGCCCUGAUCGAUUUGCCACCUACACCGAUAUGCAACUCCUUAAUAAAUUCAAUAAGAGCCACUGGGACUACUAUAAACAGUUCUGCAAACCAGGCUUCAACAACCCCAAAAAGUCUGUGGCACAAGUACUAAGAGAUGAAGACUGUCCGUCUAUGAUAGUACCGAGUCGACCCUUUUUGCAGCGCUGUUUCCCAGACUUCAUCACCAGAAAUGGCACAUUAACAGUUGCUAACAAAACAGAUUUUAAAGAUGCAAUGGACACAGCAAGAAGUGUGUCUGAACUUAAAGAUGCCGCCAAUGGUAUUACAGGUAUCCUUGAAGCCAAAGAAGUUGGAAUGAAGAUUGUGGAGGAUUAUGCCAGUUCUUGGUACUGGAUAGUAAUGGGGCUGGUCUUAGCACUGAUCAUCAGUCUUAUCUUCCUCCUGCUGCUGCGUUUCACCGCAGGCUUCCUCCUCUGUUUUAUCAUCAUCGCUGUUAUCCUGCUGGUGGCCUACGGCAUCUGGCACUGUUACUGGGAGUUCUCAUCUCUCAGGGAGACCCCCGGAGCGGAUGUCCCCAUCUCUGACAUCGGUUUUCAGACGGACCUCCAGGUCUACUUAAAACUCAGCCAAACCUGGCUCGUCUUCAUGAUCAUGCUGAGUUUGACUGAAGUCUCUAUAGUUGUAAUGCUCAUAUUUCUGAGAAAAAGGGUUCGUAUCGCUAUUGCUUUACUCAAGGAGGGCAGCAAGGCCAUCAGUUACAUCAUGUCUGCGCUGUUUUACCCCAUCAUCACCUUUGUGCUGCUGGUGAUCUGUAUCUUCUACUGGGCCAUGACUGCAGUCUUUCUUGCAUCUUCUGGCAGUGCUGUUUAUAAAGUUGCAUCCUCUCAUCCCAGCUGCAAGUAUGCCAAUAUGACUUGCAGUCCCAAGAACUUCGACGGGACUAACAUCACUAAGCAAUGUCCGGGCGCUCAGUGUCUUUUUGCCUUUUACGGAGGCGAGAGCCUGUACCAUCGUUACAUCUUCAUCCUGCAGAUUUGUAAUCUGUUUGUCUUCCUUUGGCUGGUUAAUUUCACCAUUGCACUGGGACAGUGCACCAUCGCUGGGGCUUUUGCCUCUUAUUACUGGGCCAAAAAGAAGCCUGCAGACAUCCCACCCUGCCCUGUGUUCUCUUCCUUCAUCAGGGCUAUCUGGUAUCAUACAGGGUCUCUUGCAUUUGGUUCACUCCUCUUAGCUGUGGUUCAACUGAUCCGUGUCAUAUUGGAGUACCUGGAUCACAAACUUAAGGGAGCUCACAAUGUACUUGCACGUUUUCUACUCUGCUGUCUAAAAUGCUGCUUCUGGUGUCUGGAACGGUUUAUACGCUUCAUGAACAGGAAUGCUUAUAUCAUGAUUGCCAUUUAUGGAAGGAACUUUUGCACAUCAGCGCGGGAAGCUUUCUAUUUAUUGAUGAGAAAUGUUGUGAGGGUGGCAGUGUUAGAUAAAGUGACAGACUUCCUGCUCUUCCUGGGAAAACUAUUGGUAGCAGGGAGUGUUGGUGUCAUUGCAUUUUUGCUGUUUACACGCAAGAUACCCUUCGUUCAGGAGGAAGUUCCCGUGUUGAAUUACUACUGCGUGCCUCUGCUGACAGUAAUAUUCGGUUCCUACUUGAUUGCACACAGCUUUUUCAGCGUCUAUGCAAUGUGUGUGGACACCUUGUUCCUUUGUUUCUGCGAAGACUUAGAAAGAAAUGACGGUACACCAGCCAAGCCUUUCCUCAUGUCCCCUGGCCUAAAAAGAAUUCUGGAAAGGGCCUAACAAGGCUACAAAGAUCCAAAUCUGAAUACCUUUACUCAUUUCAAAUACUUAGCAUGUGUUAACUUACGUAUUGACUGUAACAGACUAUCGGUACAUACAGUAACUGUGAACUGUAAUGGAAGUUAAGAAUUAAGGGAAGCGGUCAUGUGACCUCAUGAAGAGACCAAAGACUCUCUGCAACGUAACAGAGCUUUGUGACACAGACCCUACACUGCAUACUAACACAUUUGCCUCUUACUGCUCUCUGCUGCCUUAUUCUGUGAUUUCCGGAGCAGUAACACGUUUUGGUUAGUUGGCACCUAAAAUGAGAUUGAACACCCAGAGGUUUGGCAUCAGAGGUCAUCUGACACCUUCAAGUAAAAUCCAACUAGAGCAUGAGAGAUUAGAAGGUGUUAUACAUGCUAUUUCAGUGAACAGCUGUAUGACUUGUUUAUUUAUUACAGUUUUAAAACUUAUGUCAUCGGUUGGGCUGGUUUUACAGCCUUAGAAAUAGUAAA